AUGGCUACGAAUCCAGUUGUAAAAGAAGACUUUGAUUUUAAGGAUAUAUUUCCCACGUGUUUGUAUGAUUUUAAUACGUAUUCAAGUAAAGCUAUAAAUGAUGAUUAUAAACUUGACAAUACAUGUAGUAUGAUUAUGAUGCUUCUAGAACCUCGUCGUGGAAUUAGUGAAUCUUAUAUAGCAGCAUGUAGAGAACUUGUUCUCUACUUAGAUUAUAUAAAAACAAAAAGGUCUAGUACUCUGAUAAAAUACAUUCAUUUAACGUACCUAAUACAUGUUUUGCACUAUGUUAAAGAGUUCACUGAUGAUACAUUUCAAAAAUUUGAGAAUCUGAAUAACCUAUAUAAUACUUUUAUGCAAAAAAAAGAAAACUGUCCUAUGAAGAGUGAAUGCUUUAACAAAUACACACAAAUAUUCAAGGUUUGUGAAAAUAUGAAUAACAGCAAUUAUUGUCAAGUUUUAAAUUCAUUUAAAAUUCAAUAUAUUCAAAAUAGUGUAAAUGAGCCUGUACGUAAAGAAGCUUCUGAACUACCAUAUUCCUCAUCGCUCACACAUAUAAGGGCAGCUUUCUUAAUUCUAACUUUUAUGACAUUUGCUAUAUCAACAACUAUACUCAUUCUAUAUAAAGUUAAAAACAAAUUCAGUUUAUAUAACAUAUAUAAAAUUUAUUAUACAACUUAUAGAUCAUAUUUACGACCAUUAUUAGUGAAUAUAAAGAGACUUUUUAAUAAAAAAGAUGAAGAAUAUCUUACAUUAUUAGAUUCAUUCGAAUAUGCAUACAACGCUUCCAUUGACAAUGAUUAUAGAAUAUAG